AUGACAAUCACACCCUCCAAAACCAGACCAGUCGUCAUACUAGGCGCGGGCGUGCUUGGCCGGCGCAUCGCGGCCGUCUUCGCAGCCGGCGGGUACAAAGUGCACAUCCGAGACCCAUCGUCGCAAGCCCUCUCCGACGCACGCGCAUACAUCGCCACGCACAUUGCCGAGUUCACCGCACACACGCCGGACAAACCCGUCCCCGGCGCCAUGUCGACCUUCACCUCCAUCGCGGACGCAGUCGCCGACGCCUGGCUCGUGGUGGAAGCCGUGCCGGAGAAACUGGCGCUGAAAAUUCGCACGUUCGGCGAGGUCGACCGGGCGGCGCCGGCGGACUGCAUCCUCGCGUCGAACAGCAGCUCGUUCAAGUCGCGGCUGAUGCUGGACGAGGUGCGGGGCGCGCGGCGGGCGCGCGUGCUCAACAUGCACUUCACGAUGCCGCCGGCGAUCCGCACGGUGGAGCUCAUGACGGACGGGGAGACGGAGGGCGCGCUGUUCCCGCUGCUGAGCGGGGUGCUGCGCGAGUGCGGGACCGUGCCGGUGACGGCGCGGAAGGAGUCGACGGGGUUUAUUUUUAACCGGCUGUGGGCGGCGAUUAAGCGCGAGAUUCUGUUUAUUCUGGCGGAGGGGGUGAGCUCCGCGGAGGAGAUCGAUGUCCUCUGGGAGCAUAUGUUCCAGCUGCCCGAGAGUCUGCCGCCGUGUCGGCUGAUGGAUCAGAUCGGGCUGGACACUGUUGCGUUCAUUGAGGAUAACUAUGUCCAGGAGCGCGGGCUGGACGGCGCCAUGACGGUGGACUGGCUGCGCGAGAAGUAUCUCAAUGCGGGCCGGUUGGGUCUGAAGAGCGACAAGGGCGGGCUGUAUGGGCCGCCCAACGCCGCGGAUGAACGGGCAGGUAAUGGAGGCAAGGAGGCGACGAUCUAUCUUCUUGACGUCGGUCUCGGCUCGAACAACGCCGAUAUCAGCAAGAUCCCCACAGCCGGCAAGAUCCUGAAGUUCCAGCCGACGACAGGCAGGACGACUACUAUUGUCACGGGGCAGUCGCUCCCGGACGGGAUCGACGUGUCGUGGGCGACGGGCCGCAUCUUCUGGACAAACAUGGGGCGGGCAAUGUCCACGCACGACGGAUCAGUGCACUCGGCGACGCUGGAUGGCGGAGACGUGCGCACGCUGCUGCCAGUGGGCACGGUGCACACCCCCAAGCAGCUGGUCGUGGACGACACGACGCAGCACGUGUACUUCUGCGACCGCGAGGGGAUGAGCGUGCACCGGGUGCGGUUUGACGGCACGGGGCACGAGGUGCUGGUGCGGACGGGCGCGCUGGAGGAUGCCGUCGAGCGGGCCGAUAUGACGCGGUGGUGUGUGGGGACUGCGCUGGACCGGCGCGCCGGCCAUGUGUACUGGACGCAGAAGGGUCCGAGUAAGAGUGGUCGCGGACGGAUCUUCCGCGCUGGGAUUGAGGUGCCUGCCGGGCAGAGAGCAGAGUCUCGCGAGGACGUGGAGCUGGUGCUCGACGGGCUGCCGGAGCCGAUUGAUCUGGAGUUUGAUGAGGAAGAGCGGACGCUGUACUGGACGGACCGGGGAGAGCAUCCCACCGGGUGCUCGUUGAACCGGGUCGUGGUGGGCGAUGGCAAGGUGGAUAAGGCUGCAUUGAAGACCUCGAUGGAGAUCCUGGCCCGCCAGUUCCAUGAGCCGAUUGGGUUGAAGCUGGAUGCGAGGAAGCAGGUAUAUGUUGCAGACUUGGGUGGCAGUGUGUACCGUGUCAAGGACGGGGUGAAGACUGUGGUGCGGAAUGAUAAUGGGUGCUAUACGGGGGUUGCGAUCGGCCAGUGA